UUAAAAAAUAAUAAUAACUAAUAAUUAAAAAAAAAAAAAAAAACUUAACCAGCUUCAAAAUCUAGCUGAAAUCUUUGUCGUCUUACAAUUGAUUACUUAGAUGGUUUCUUACUUUCAUGGAUGUAUUGAAAAAGAUCCGAUGAAGCCUUAGAAACUGAACUCAUUGAUAUUCAAAAAGAUGUACGCAGCUAAUAAAGGUGUUGCCAAAAUCACCAAGCUGAAUGAUGCACUCCAACUGUUCGACCAAAUGCUUCAGAGAAAACCUCAACCAUCUAUCCUCGAAUUAACCCGGCAGAUUAGUGUUAUAGUAAAAAUGGGACAUUAUUCAACUGCACUUUCACUUUUCAAGAGAAUAAAUUUAAUGGGUAUUUCGAGUGAUGUUUACGCAAUGAAUAUCUCUAUUAACUGCCAUUGCCGGUUGAAUCAAGUGAGUUAUGGUUUUGGUUUAUUAGCCACUAUCUUUAAGCAAGGUCAUGCACCCAAUGUGGCCACUUACGGAACUCUAAUACAUGGGCUUGUGUUGGGAGAUCAGGUUUUCGAAGCUGUCGAAUUGUUUAAGAAACUGGUUAAAGAGAAAAUUUGUGAGCCGAAUCAGGUUAUGUAUGGAACCGUUAUUAAUGGGCUUUGUAAAGCGGGUCACACUAGUAAGGCUUUAGAGUUGCUCAGGUUCAUGGAAGCAGGCUCGUGUAAACCGUGUGUAGAUCAGUAUAAUAACAUCAUUGAUUUCCUCUGUAAAGAUAGGAUGGUUGAUGAUGCAUUAGAACUUUUUACCAAAAUGGUUGAAAAAGGCGUUCCCGCUGAUGUUAUCACCUACAGCUCGUUGAUUCAGGGUCUAUGCAACUUUGGUCGAGAGACGGAAGCUGUAAGGAUGUUAAAAGACAUGGAGGAGAAAGGAGUCUCUCCUAGUGUACAUACUUAUACGAUCUUGGUGGAUUCGUUUUGCAAGCAAGGAUACGUAAAAAAGGCAGAGUGUACUGUGCGAAAAAUGGUGCAAAGAGGUCUGGAUCCGGAUGUAGUCACAUACAGUGCGCUAAUUGACGGAUACUGUUUACGUGGUGAACUAGAUGAAGCAAAGAAAGUUGCCGAUCGCAUGGUGGAGAGAGAUCUUGUACCCAAUAUAAUCACGUUUAACAGCUUGAUAAACGGAUACUGCAAAAAGAGGCACAUUGACGAGGCCAGACAUCUUUUUCGUGAAAUGCAAGACACGGGUUUGAUUCCUAAUGUUGUUACUUACAAUACCCUGUUACAAGGUUUGUUUCGUACAGGUCAUCCUGCAGCCGCUAGAGAACUCUUUAACGAGAUGCAAGCAAAGGGUCUCCCUCCCGAUAUUUGCACUUAUCGUAUUUUAUUUCAUGGAAUGUGUAAUAACGGUCAGUGUUCCGAUGCAUUGGCUCUUUUUCGUUCGAUGGGAAGCAAUGAACUAAUGAAAGAUAUUGGUUUGUAUAAUAUCUUGAUGAAUGGUUGUAGAAAAUGUGGGAAGCAUAAGUUGGCGAUGGAUCUGUUUGAUGAACUAUGUUUGAGAGGAUUGAAACCGAAUGUUAGGACGUAUACGGUGAUGAUAAGUGUGCAUUGCCAGCAAGGGUUGUUUGGUAAAGCAAAAGAUUUGGUUAAAAAGAUGGAAGAAAAUGGUUGUUUGGCAAGUAGUGUGACAUAUAAUGUUAUUGUUCAAGAGUUUUUGAAGCAAAAAGAAUUUCGAGAAGCGAAGAUCUUUCUUGAGGAGAUGAUUAACCGAGGUUUCUCGCCUGAUGCCACUACUUUUUCGUUGUUGCUGCAUAUAACACCGAAAAUACGACAAGAUUCUUCAAUGCAAACUAUCCUUGAGAAUCUGAUAAGCGAUGCCGAUAAGUGCAGGGUAGGGUUUGCUAUUUAGAAGGGGGUAGCGGCGCAACUUGUUGCUCGUCUACCUGUCAUUAGUCUGUAAUCGUCUCUGUUUUUAUAAUAUUAAAAAGCCUUUUGGUGGUUAAAAAAAAAAAAAAAAAAAAAAAAAAAAAAAACUAGUAAGGUAAUGUUAAAAACUUCUGUCUCUUUAUGAGAGAUGUAUCCUAAAACAUGAUUUUGUGAUUCAUUGGUUAACUAUAUAAUGAAUAAAAUUCUGAACUUGUAAUCUUACAAUUCAUUUCAGUUUUCAGCAAACUUACAUGGAAGAAUUGUCCUCCAAUAGCAACUUCAUUCAGGUUAUUGUAAUUUUGUAACAUUUUCUUUUUUUAUUUCCAA